CUAAAAGUCAUUCUCCAUUAGCCGCAAGCCUUUUGUUGACGACCCAUCCCAUGAUGACAAGUCUGAAAAUGAUGUCAUCUGGGGCAAUUUUAUAAUUGAACAAUAUGAUUAAAACUAUAAAAUUUAUAAUUUAUUCACAAAAUAAUUCAAUUUCACAGAAAGUGUAUAUUAUAUUGUUGUAGACCUGGUUUUUAAUACUCAAAUUAUUGUGCGGAUUGGAGAAGUUUCGUUUACAACUAUAAAUAUUUAAAUCUGUUAUUUUUGCAGCCAUGGGUGAUUCUUUUGUUUUCUGUGGGUUUUGCUCAGAGAUUCUCUGGUGUUGCUGGCUGCUGAAUGUUUUGAUUCAAGGUUACCUUUAACAAUAUCAAAUGACAUUGAUAGUGUUAGCAUAAACAGUAAGAAACAAAGAAGAGAUGACUAUAAUCGAAGGAAUCGGAGAUGAGGUGACACAAUUUUUCUUUGCUGUUGUUGUGAUCGUGGUGACACUGAUAGCAUGGCGGUCCACGCACAUCAUGGAGCAGCCGUUCUUCCGCACGGUGCUCAUAGUGCAGAGGAGGAGGAGGCGGUUCCAGCGACGCAUGGAGUCCCCCCGGCGCCUCCUGGAGGCGGCCAACAUGAGCUCGCUGCAGGACGCCGGCGGCAGCGAGAGCCGGCCGAGUGCGGAGGAGCCGUGUGCGACGUGCAGUAAGGCCGGCGAGGGCGCGGAGGGCGUGCCGGAGGGGACCUGCGUGGAGCAGGCGUUCACCACGCGGCUGGUGCGCAGCCCCAACAUGAUCUUCACCCGCGGAGACGAGGCUCCCUCCCUCCGGCCGGAGACGCAGCCGGCGGGAAGCGACCGUGAGGAAGCCGACGGCGACGCGCCGGAAGCCGAGUCGGAACAUCUCGAGGAGCCCUCGUCGGAGAUGGGCAACAUACGCAUCCGCCUCAAGUACCUGAAUGACGACCAGAAACUUGUGGAGGGUAGGCUGGCCGAGCCGCUGGGAGACUUCAAGAGGCGGCACUUCGGGCUGGAGCUGGCAGCGGACAAGCUGGUGCGGCUGGUGUACAACGGGCAGGUGCUGAGCAGCGACAGCCAGACGCUGGAGGGCUACGGCCUGUUCGACAACUGCGUGGUGCACUGCCUGGUGCACCAGCCGAGGACGCCCCCCGCCGCCCAGGCCCCCGCCUCGGUGGAGACCCGCGGCGACGCCCCCCGCGACCGGGACCUCGGCCACCUGCUGUUCCUCAGCCUGAGCCUGGUGCUGGGCCUGGCCUGGUACUGCCGCUACCAGUACUCCCAGCUGUUCAGCGCCACCACCACGGUGGCGCUGGUGGGGCUGUCGGGCGUGCUGGCGGUGGCGCUCGUGGGGACCUACCUGCCGGACCCCGACGCCGUCCGGCGCCGCGCCUGAGCCCCGCCCGUUUCUUUCUCACCGAUAUUGUGGACCACCAGCAAAAAAAAAAUUUGUACUUCAGUAUAUCAAAUACUAACAUUUAAAGAAAUUUGCUGCAUUGUCUUGAUGCAAGUUAAUAUUGAAACAGUUGGUUGUAGAUAUCGUUACUUUGUUACUUCGUGUUUUCAAAAUAUGUGAUACUAUCUAAAUACGUAGCAAAGCUUUGAACAUUCAAAUAUUGAUUUUUACACAGUAUUUUUUCAUGGCGACAUUGACUCUAGAUAUUGCCAAUUUCAGCAAAUCAUCUAGUUCUUAAGUUACCAUGAUACUACCAUUUGUACGAAAUUUAAGUUUGAAAUGGAAACCUUUACCUUAAAUUGUAUGUCGUUUAUAAUGUAACCAGAAGAAUUAUUUUUGAUUUUGACAGUAAUAUAAUGUCAUGUAUUUUCAGUCAAUUAUCAGUUUUUUUUACAAGUAUUUUAAGCCAAAAUUGUCCUGGGAUGCCAAACAUUUUAGUACCUCCUAGAUGAGUAGUUGGGAAUAACUUCUGGGUACUACAAACUGGUUUUUAAAUAACUAUAAAAUGAAUGUAUUUAUGUUUUAUAAAAACUGGGUGUACUACAGUUGUAUUUAUAAAAAAAUUGUUAAUUUAAGUUGGUUGUUUUGUUGACUCAAAAAUGUGAUAUCAUGUUUCACAAUGUAGGCCAUUGAAGAAAUGACCUGUGAAGGUGGGACUGAAUAGAGGCUUGUAUCUUGUUGUGCAGAAACAUCUGUCAUUUGUAUUUUAAUUAUAAAUGCAUUUUGUAUAUAAUUUUUAAGAUAAAUAAGUUUUGAAGCAUA